GAGGGGGUUAGAGUUGAGAGUUCAGCUGCGGUUGUCGCUGCUAGCUUGGACUCAUGAUUCCUAUAUGCCCGGUAGUUUCGUUCACCUAUGUGCCCAGCCGGCUGGGAGAAGAUGCCAAAAUGGCCACCAGCAACUACUUUGGUUUCACCCAUAGUGGGGCUGCUGCCCAGUAUAGCCAGCAGCCAGCUUCGGGUGUAGCCUAUUCCCAUCCAACUACAGUUGCUAGCUACACUGUCCAUCAGGCACCAGUUGCUGCACACACUGUUACUGCGGCCUAUGCUCCAGCAGCAGCUACAGUUGCAGUGGCCAGACCUGCUCCAGUAGCUGUUGCUGCUGCUGCAACAGCUGCUGCUUAUGGAGGCUAUCCUACAGCACACACAGCUACAGAUUAUGGUUAUACACAGAGGCAACAAGAAGCUCCACCACCACCACCUCCUGUUACUACACAGAAUUAUCAGGAUUCCUAUUCUUAUGUUCGAUCUACUGCCCCAGCUGUAGCUUACGACAGCAAACAAUACUAUCAACAACCAACAGCAACUGCUGUGGCUGCUGCUGCCCAGCCUCAACCUUCAGUAGCUGAAUCAUACUACCAGACAGCUCCAAAAGCAGGAUAUAGCCAAGGGGCAACUCAGUAUACCCAAGCCCAGCAAACACGACAAGUGACAGCUAUAAAGCCUGCAACCCCAAGUCCAGCAACAACUACAUUUUCUAUAUAUCCAGUAUCCUCUACUGUGCAGCCAGUAGCAGCUGCAGCUACUGUUGUUCCAUCUUAUACUCAAAGUGCAACUUACAGUACAACAGCAGUUACAUACUCUGGUACCUCUUAUUCUGGCUAUGAAGCUGCAGUGUAUUCAGCUGCAUCGUCUUAUUACCACCAGCAGCAGCAGCAGCAGAAACAGGCAGCGGCAGCAGCUGCUGCUGCUGCUGCAACAGCUGCUUGGACAGGGACCACCUUUGCUAAAAAGGCACCAUUCCAAAAUAAGCAACUGAAACCAAAGCAACCUCCCAAACCACCCCAGAUUCACUACUGUGAUGUUUGUAAGAUCAGCUGUGCUGGACCACAGACUUAUAAAGAACACUUAGAAGGCCAGAAACACAAAAAGAAAGAAGCAGCAUUAAAAGCUUCCCAGAACACCAAUAACAGCAUCACUUCUGCUCGUGGAACUCAGAAUCAGUUGCGCUGUGAGCUUUGUGAUGUAUCUUGUACAGGAGCAGAUGCUUAUGCUGCCCAUAUCCGUGGAGCCAAGCAUCAGAAAGUAGUAAAGUUGCACACAAAACUUGGUAAACCCAUUCCUUCAACUGAACCAAAUGUAAUUACCCAAGCUACUUCCUCAACAUCCACAUCUGCUUCCAAAACAAUUGCCUCGGCUUCAAAUAUAGCAACUAGCAGCAGUACUGUGAACUCCUCUGUUGCAUCCUCUGCAGUAAAAAUUCUUACUCCCACAACAAGCAUACCACUUAACACAGCGUCCAACAACAAAGCAUCUUCAACCACUGCUAAUGUAGCUGUAAAGAAAAUAUCUACACCGAAAAUAAACUUUGUUGGUGGUAAUAAGCUUCAGACAGCAGAAAGUAAACUGGAAGAAAUUAAAUCAGCUGAAAGUGUUAAAAUAACUGCUACUACAGUGCAAACACAGGAAGUAAAACCAGACACAGCAGCUGAAUCAGUGACUCCUACAACUCUUGCUGCCUUGCAAAGUGAUGUCCAGCCAGUUGGCCAUGACUAUGUGGAGGAGGUAAGAAAUGAUGAAGGAAAGGUGAUCCGCUUUCACUGUAAACUUUGUGAAUGCAGUUUUAAUGAUCCUAAUGCCAAGGAGAUGCACUUAAAAGGGAGGCGGCACAGACUUCAGUAUAAGAAAAAAGUAAACCCAGACUUACAGGUAGAAGUAAAGCCUAGUAUUCGAGCAAGAAAAAUUCAAGAAGAGAAGAUGAGGAAACAGAUGCAGAAAGAAGAAUGCUGGAGAAGGCGAGAAGAAGAAGAACGCUGGAGGAUGGAAAUGAGGCGAUAUGAAGAGGACAUGUACUGGAGGAGAAUGGAGGAAGAGCAGCAUCACUGGGAUGACCGUCGCAGAAUACCAGAUGGAGGAUAUCCUCAUGGUCCUCUGGGACCUCUAGGCCUGCUGGGAGUUAGACCAGGAAUGCCUCUUCAGUCCCAAGGACCAUCUCCUCUACGCCGUCCUGACUCCUCUGAUGACCGCUAUGUGAUGACCAAGCAUGCAGCUAUAUAUCCAACAGAGGAGGAACUUCAAGCAGUCCAAAAAAUUGUUUCUAUUACUGAGCGUGCUUUGAAACUUGUUUCUGACAACAUGUCUGACCAUGAAAAAAUCAAGAGCAAAGAAGGAGAUGACAAAAAAGAUGGCAGUAAAGACAGAGCUUUGAAAGGAGUUUUGCGGGUAGGCGUUUUGGCUAAAGGUUUAUUACUCCGUGGAGACAGAAAUGUCAGUCUUGUUUUGUUAUGUGCUGAGAAGCCUUCAAAGAUGUUACUCAGUUGUAUUGCUGAAAGUCUUCCUAAACAACUUGCAGUAAUAAGUCCUGAGAAGUAUGAUAUCAAGUGUGCAGUCCCAGAAGCAUCAAUAAUUUUAAAUUCAUGUGUGGAACCCAAAAUGCAAGUUACUAUCACACUGACAUCUCCAGUCAUUCGGGAGGAGAGCAUGAGGGAUGGAGAUGUAACCUCGGGUAUGGUGAAAGACCCACCGGACGUCUUGGACAGGCAAAAAUGCCUUGACGCUCUGGCUGCUCUACGCCACGCUAAGUGGUUCCAGGCUAGAGCUAAUGGCCUGCAGUCCUGUGUGGUUAUCAUACGUAUUCUUCGUGACCUCUGUCAACGGGUUCCAACUUGGUCUGAUUUUCCAAGCUGGGCUAUGGAGUUGCUUGUGGAAAAAGCAAUUAGCAGUGCUACAGGACCACAGAGUCCUGGGGAUGCACUGAGAAGAGUUUUUGAGUGUAUAUCUUCAGGAAUCAUCCUUAAAGGUGGUCCUGGCCUUCUGGACCCUUGUGAGAAAGAUCCUUUUGAUACACUUGCUGUAAUGUCAGAUCAGCAACGAGAGGAUAUUACUUCAAGUGCACAGUUUGCACUGAGACUCCUUGCAUUCCGUCAGAUACACAAAGUUUUAGGAAUGGAUCCUUUACCACAGAUGAAUCAACGUUUCAACAUCCAUAAUAAUCGUAAAAGGAGAAGGGACAGUGAUGGGGUUGAUGGAUUUGAAGCAGAGGGGAAAAAAGACAAAAAAGAUUAUGAUAACUUCUAAAAAUGUUUGUCAUUGGUGCUAAGAUUGAAGGUGAUAAAAAGUCCAUUUGUUG